GCGAUCGGGUGGUCUCGCUGGUCGGGCUCCCUUGAAAGGACUUAAAUGAUUUAUUAUCAACCAUUACCAUCGCGACCCAAAAUCCCGUUCUUUUUUUAUAAAUCCGCCCAAGUGGACCACGUCCGAACGCCCCCACUUUAAGUUUCAGUGCGGUUGGCUUUUCAUGCCUUUUUUUCAUACUCUGGACUGGUCUGGCGCAUCUUGGUUCAGAUCGUCUUGGCUGCGGCGCUGUCAAGUCCAUUUCCAAUUCUCCCAUCCCCUCGUUUUUUUUUUUUUUUUUUCCUGCUUUGCCCCCCUUAAGGCUUUCGCUUUUCUCCCUGGCCUUUCCGCCGAUCCCAGCUCGAGGCUUGCGGGCUUGUUUUUCUUUUUCUACUCGAGAGUCCAUCAUGCCCUGACUUGCUUCGUAUCUUCCCUCCUCUUGUAUAUCUCUUUCGACGAUCGUUUCGAUAUAUCGGUUUUCCGAACCCCUGCCGUGUGAGAUUCCCAAUCGUCCUGGGGGCUUGUUUCCACGGGCCAUAUUACUAUAUAUCUAUAUUUACGACGCAUGCUCGGUUGACCCGGCACC